AAAAAAGGCCUUUUCAGGGAAUACAUCUAAAGUUCAAGAUACACAAAAAAACACGGCAUCUCUCAAGGCUCAACCUUUGGAAAUUCCAACGGACAGAGACAGCAUUGAAGAUGCAAUUACAAAAGAGAAAAUAUCUUUGCAACAAUUUAAAACAUUGGAAGUCCGGCAUCUAAGUGAGGAUAUAAAGAAGCAAGAGCACAAUGUUUUCUUGCAGAUGCGGAAAGAACAUGAAGAAACAAUAAUGGAACAUGAUCAGACAAAAGAUGCAAUACAUUUGGAGAAUGAAAUGGAAGUGAAGAACCAGAUGUGCAAACUCAAAGAUAGAGAGGAGAAAAUAAGGGAGCAAAUAAAGUUUGCAAUCGAAAACAUGGAGGAAGAAGGUCAAGAGAUUAAAAAGCUCAUUAUGGAAAUAAAUGACCUGCAGAUCCAGAAACCAGAGACUGAAAACUGGUUACUAACUACAGGCAGGGUAAACACCACAGAUGAGAUCGUCAAGUAUGAAGUAAAUGUUCAAAAACAGAAGAACGGCCAAGGGGUGAAACAAGAAGAUGCUAAUAAUGUUCAUGAGCAAAAUCAAGGUCAGGAUUUAACACAACAUGUGCAGACCAAUCCUGAUGAGCUAAAUGAAGGGUUUGAUCAAAAGGACACAGCAAGUGAUGAUAUUCAAAGACUUAGGGAAGAGAUUUAUAAAACACAAAAUACCAUUAGACUAGUAAACCUAGAUCUUGAAAACCAAGCUGAAGAAAGCCAUAUCAACAAAAAUCAUGAGAAUAAAGAUGGGGAAAUUGAAGGAUUGCUACAAGAACUGAAAAGAUUCCAAGAGCUUUUAAAAAUGGUACAAACAGCAAUGAGGCAAAGAAAAAUGCAUCGAAAAGAAGAAAUCCUUAACAUGAAAUCCAGGAAAACUACAGCAAAAAUACAGGAAAGAAAACUGGAUCAGAGGUUGGAGAAAAUGAUGAGAGACAGAUAUGAAUUUGAAGUCUUGAAAAUAAAAACACAGAAACAAACAAAAGAGACCAAACUGAAGUUAGAAAAACUGGCUAACGUUAAGAGCACCAUAGAGAAAGUCGCUAGUAGGAAAAGACAGAAAAGUCAGAACAUAGACAUUGUUAUGGCGGAGACCCAAGUAAAACUGAGAAAGUUGGAAGACCUGAGCAGUAAAAUUGGGGCUACCAAACAAGAACUGGAAAAAAGACGUACUUUCUUAUCCAACGAAAGAACAGAACUUUUGACAGUCAACACUGAACUCAGGCAGAAAAAGGACGGAGAAUUUGCCUUGGAAAGUACUGACAAACUGAAGGAAGACAAUAACAAACGUGAAAGAGUGGAAACCGAUACACAAAGGGACGUGUCAGAGAACAGAAAGGGUAGGGAUAUUGAGGAAAUGGAACAUGAAAUCUCUAGACUCAGAUCAGAAAAUGAGAAACUUGAGAAAGAAAUUAAACUGACAAUGGAUCAGAAGAACAGUGAAAUUGAAAAACUGAAAGAGUCUUUAACUGAGCAUGUGAAACUACAGACUAAAAGUAAAGAGAUUGAGAUCCUUAAACAACAGAUUCAAGUUGAGAGGGAGAAUGUGAAAAAAGAAAGAGAGCAAGUUGAGGCAGAAGCACAAGACAUUAACCGUUUAAGAGAGUUCAUAAAAAGAGAGAAACAAGAGCUUGAUGACAAAACGCAAACUACCAAAAGAGAAAUAAGAGAAAUGGAGAUUCUGAAGUCAGAGCUGGAUAUAAAGAAAAAAGAAAGUCAAAAGGUAUUUCGAAGAAAUAUGCAGAAAAACGAUGAAAGUGAAUUAAAGUGGAAUGUCAUACAGAAAGAAAAGGGAAAAUUGAGGAUAGAGACCCAAAACAUGAGAAGAGAAUUAGACCAAAGACUGGAAGAAAACAUGAGAGAGAGGUAUGAGUCCGAAAUGUUGUGGAUGAAACUAGACAAGCAGAAGGAGGAGCUGGCUGAAGAGAAGCAGAGAUUGAAAGUACAAACUAGUGAUAAAGCAAAAGUAGAGAUGGAGGAAAUGGUCAGCAUGACGGACAGUAUCCAAAAACAAAAAGAGGGGCUUGAAAACCGACUACAAGAGGUUAAAAGAGAAAAAAGGGAGGUUGAAAUGUUGAAGAAUGAGUUGGAGAACAAAAGAACAGCAAAUCAACAGAUGAUUCGACUAAGCAUUAAAAGAGAGCAGGAUGUAAAAAGCAUGUUGGCUGAGAUCGAACAAGAAAAACAUGCAUUCAGGAGGGAGAUACAGAAGAGGAAAAAAGAGCAUGACCAGCGAUUGGAGAGAAUCCACAGAGAGAGGGAUGAACUGGAAAUCAUGAAACUGAAGAUACAGAAAGAAAACGACCAGAGCAGAGGUGGAGCACUAGUGUCCAGCAUGGCCACAACCAGAAAAGUGCAAAAUGGUGUAAUGAAAAUGCAGUAUAAUGAUGCUGCAAGUGAGAAAACACAAGGAACACAGAGGACUUCUAAUCUUCAAAAUGAACAAAUUGACCAGGAAGAGAUAAAAGGACUGGAAUUGGAUGAAGAAGAGAAAAACGGUACGAAGGGAGAUGAGUUUAUAAAAAAACAAAGACUGAUAAGAAGUUCUAAACUGGUGAGUGAAAAAGUGACAAACCAGAGAAAGCCAAACCUUGUUGAAACACGUUUACAUUUUGAAAAAAAAGCGGAACAGCUGAAAAAAGAAAGAGAGAGCCUGGACAGAGAGAGUGAGGUGAUGAACAAAGAGAAGCUGGAUUUGGAGCUGAUGAGGUCAGACAUCCUGAAACAAAGUGACACUUUGGAACAACAAAGACAAGAUAUAAAGGAAGAAAGAGAGAAGUUAGAAAUCACAAUGUCCGAUCUUCAAGUGUUGAAAGAACAUGCAGAAAUUCAGUUUGAGGUGAUCAACAAAGAGAAAGCCAACAUUAAAGAUCUGACCCUUCAUCUUCAGACAGAAAAAGACAAACUUGACAAUAUCAUGACGAUGAUUGUUUUAAAACAAGAAGAACAAAAACUCAAGGAGGACCAGCUCAGUAGACAAACACAACAACUGGAAAUCAAAAAGACCAGUCUACUGGAAGAAAGAGAAGAACUGGAUCUUUCAAGGAAGGAUCUCAACAAAAAGAAGGAAGAGGUUGAAACAGCCAUGAACACCAUCAAUGAGGAGAGAGAGAUAAUCAAUCAGAUGCAGAGUACUACUGACAUGGAAAGAGCAAUGCUCAAGAAUGAAAAGGACGGACUGGAAAGAAGAAUAUCGGAUAUGAAAACACGAGAGGAUCAACUAUUGAAUAAGAUGAGAUCAAUGGGAAUUCUGUGGGAAAAACUUCAACAGCUGAAUGAACGGCUGAGAGAAGAAAUGAAAAACAAAAUGAUCAGACUGGAACAGAACAAGGAAGACAGAUUGAAACUGUUGAGUCUUUUGGAGCAAAAGCAUGUCGUUCUGGGUAAACAGAAAGAACAUAUCUCAUGUUACACUGAGACGUUAGUGAGGGAAAGAGAAGGGUUGAAGAUCAUGAUGUCAGAAAUUGUCGCUCACAGAAAGGAAAUGGGAAAUCAACUGAAACAAGAGGCAUUGUUCGAAAGGAGACAUCUUCUGGAACUGAAGGCAGAGUUGAAGAAAGAAAGAGAGGGCCUGGACAGAGAGAGUGAGAUGAUGAACAAAGAGAAGCUGGAUUUGGAGCUGAUGAGGUCAGACAUCCUGAAACAAAGUGACACUUUGGAACAACAAAGACAAGAUAUAAAGGAAGAAAGAGAGAAGUUAGAAAUCACAAUGUCCGAUCUUCAAGUGUUGAAAGAACAUGCAGAAAUUCAGUUUGAGGUGAUCAACAAAGAGAAAGCCAACAUUAAAGAUCUGACCCUUCAUCUUCAGACAGAAAAAGACAAACUUGACAAUAUCAUGACGAUGAUUGUUUUAAAACAAGAAGAACAAAAACUCAAGGAGGACCAGCUCAGUAGACAAACACAACAACUGGAAAUCAAAAAGACCAGUCUACUGGAAGAAAGAGAAGAACUGGAUCUUUCAAGGAAGGAUCUCAACAAAAAGAAGGAAGAGGUUGAAACAGCCAUGAACACCAUCAAUGACGAGAGAGAGAUAAUCAAUCAGAUGCAGAGUACUACUGACAUGGAAAGAGCAAUGCUCAAGAAUGAAAAGGACGGACUGGAAAGAAGAAUAUCGGAAAUGAAAACACGAGAGGAUCAACUAUUGAAUAAGAUGAGAUCAAUGGGAAUUCUGUGGGAAAAACUUCAACAGCUGAAUGAACGGCUGAGAGAAGAAAUGAAAAACAAAAUGAUCAGACUGGAACAGAACAAGGAAGACAGAUUGAAACUGUUGAGUCUUUUGGAGCAAAAGCAUGAUGUUCUGGGUAAACAGAAAGAACAUAUCUCAUGUUACACUGAGACGUUAGAGGGGGAAAGAGAAGGGUUGAAGAUCAUGAUGUCAGAAAUUGUCACUCACAGAAAGGAAAUGGGAAAUCAACUGAAACAAGAGGCCUUGUUCGAAAGGAGACAUCUUCUGGAACUGAAGGCAGAGUUGAAAAAAGAAAGAGAGGGCCUGGACAGAGAGAGUGAGAUGAUGAACAAAGAGAAGCUGGAUUUGGAGCUGAUGAGGUCAGACAUCCUGAAACAAAGUGACACUUUGGAACAACAAAGACAAGAUAUAAAGGAAGAAAGAGAGAAGUUAGAAAUCACAAUGUCCGAUCUUCAAGUGUUGAAAGAACAUGCAGAAAUUCAGUUUGAGGUGAUCAACAAAGAGAAAGCCAACAUUAAAGAUCUGACCCUUCAUCUUCAGACAGAAAAAGACAAACUUGACAAUAUCAUGACGAUGAUUGUUUUAAAACAAGAAGAACAAAAACUCAAGGAGGACCAGCUCAGUAGACAAACACAACAACUGGAAAUCAAAAAGACCAGUCUACUGGAAGAAAGAGAAGAACUGGAUCUUUCAAGGAAGGAUCUCAACAAAAAGAAGGAAGAGGUUGAAACAGCCAUGAACACCAUCAAUGACGAGAGAGAGAAAAUCAAUCAGAUGCAGAGUACUACUGACAUGGAAAGAGCAAUGCUCAAGAAUGAAAAGGACGGACUGGAAAGAAGAAUAUCGGAAAUGAAAACACGAGAGGAUCAACUAUUGAAUAAGAUGAGAUCAAUGGGAAUUCUGUGGGAAAAACUUCAACAGCUGAAUGAACGGCUGAGAGAAGAAAUGAAAAACAAAAUGAUCAGACUGGAACAGAACAAGGAAGACAGAUUGAAACUGUUGAGUCUUUUGGAGCAAAAGCAUGAUGUUCUGGGUAAACAGAAAGAACAUAUCUCAUGUUACACUGAGACGUUAGAGGGGGAAAGAGAAGGGUUGAAGAUCAUGAUGUCAGAAAUUGUCACUCACAGAAAGGAAAUGGGAAAUCAACUGAAACAAGAGGCCUUGUUCGAAAGGAGACAUCUUCUGGAACUGAAGGCAGAGUUGAAGAAAGAAAGAGAGGGCCUGGACAGAGAGAGUGAGAUGAUGAACAAAGAGAAGCUGGAUUUGGAGCUGAUGAGGUCAGACAUCCUGAAACAAAGUGACACUUUGGAACAACAAAGACAAGAUAUAAAGGAAGAAAGAGAGAAGUUAGAAAUCACAAUGUCCGAUCUUCAAGUGUUGAAAGAACAUGCAGAAAUUCAGUUUGAGGUGAUCAACAAAGAGAAAGCCAACAUUAAAGAUCUGACCCUUCAUCUUCAGACAGAAAAAGACAAACUUGACAAUAUCAUGACGAUGAUUGUUUUAAAACAAGAAGAACAAAAACUCAAGGAGGACCAGCUCAGUAGACAAACACAACAACUGGAAAUCAAAAAGACCAGUCUACUGGAAGAAAGAGAAGAACUGGAUCUUUCAAGGAAGGAUCUCAACAAAAAGAAGGAAGAGGUUGAAACAGCCAUGAACACCAUCAAUGACGAGAGAGAGAUAAUCAAUCAGAUGCAGAGUACUACUGACAUGGAAAGAGCAAUGCUCAAGAAUGAAAAGGACGGACUGGAAAGAAGAAUAUCGGAUAUGAAAACAAGAGAGGAUCAACUAUUGAAUAAGAUCAGAUCAAUGGGAAUUCUGUGGGAAAAUCUUCAACAGCUAAUGAACUGA